GUCCACCGUUCGAAGCGUCCCUGAAUCGGCUAUUCUACUCUAUUCCACAGACUAGAUUUUUAUUUAACCCAUCAGACUGGCACAAACGAUAAGGGGAUACAAGAUGGGAUUCCAAGAUCUCAACGUGGAGGUUCUAUGCCUCGCGUUUAGAUGCUUGGAUUUCGUGGAUAUCUUUGUGCUUGAGACGUGUCUGCCGAUAUGUUGAUGGAAUUAUCAUAUCAAACCUUCUCCACAUCACUUUCGUUCCAUCCUUUGCGGGAGACCGCCUCAUAUCGCGGAUCCUUCUCGAACGGAUGAACAAGGAUACAGCCAGCAACUUCCAGGUUACAAAAAUCAUCUCACAACUAAAAGCGCUGUCGAGUAUAGCUGCCAAUCCAAACGACCACGUCACCGUUGAUAGUUGUCGGCGGGCGAUAAGUGUCGCUACGACUCUGCACAAUGGUAGGGAAUGGGUUCUGAAGAGCCUGACGGCCACAAACAGUGACAGCGAGGCCUUUUUUAUCUUGAAGGGUGACUUCCUGAUGGUCGUGGCUGCAUGGUUGGGACUAACUACUGUCUGCAUGGAUAACUCAAACUACAAAAAGGUUGCUGAAAGCCACGGUCUUCUGGGAAAUGCAUUGUACGCCGCCGCAUACGAUGAUGACGAACCUCUGGCAAGAUUUAUGAUUGACAAUGGGGCGGAUCCCUGUCAAAAAGAAGGUGCUUACGGUGACGCGUUGCAACUCGCAGCAUACAGAGGCUCUGAAAAAGUUGCAAGGCUGCUUUUGAAUACAGACAAGCUGCAGAACCGGAACCUUGGGCCCUACGGGCUUUUUGGAAGUUCCUUGCAAGCGGCUGCAACAUUAGGACAUAAGGGAAUUGUCCAGCUUCUGCUCCCGCAGAAGAAUGCCAACUUGAAAAUCAGACACCAGUGGCAAAGGUCUCCUCUGCAUAUUGCAGCGCAGAAUGGACACGCUGACGUUGUUGGUCUACUCCUGGAGACACGAACAUUUGACCCAAGCGUCACAGAUAGAUUUGGAGACACACCUCUGUCAACGGCGGUUAGAGAGGGUCACGAAGCCGUUGUCCAGAUUUUGCUGGAAUGCGACAGUGUCUACUCGCGGGGAAAGAGACAAACCCGGCUACAGACCUUUAUUUCCAAAGGGCAUAGUGAAAUUGUCGAAAAUCUCUUGAGCCUCUCUGGCUUUUAUGUGUAUCCAACACACAUACGUCAACCAUCUCCGACCGUGCUCGCGGCCUGGAUGAAACACGUGGAUGUGUUAGAACUAUUACUUGAAAGAGACGGUGUUUAUAUUAGAGGCUUCUCGAGAGCGCGAUUGUUGCGGUGGGCUGCAUUGACUGGGAUGACAAGGAUUGCCAAGUUACUAUUGGAACUACACCAGACAGACCCGAAUAGUCGAUCGACUGGCGAGGUCGGCACACCACUUCAUCUUGCAGCAGAGCAUAACCACUUCGGUGUAGUCAGGAUUCUACUAGAACAUCGUGAUACAAACCCCAACCGCCAGGAUUGGGAAGGUAAAACCCCGCUGAUGACUGCCACCGAGGGCAAUCACGCGGAAACUGCCCGCCUUCUUCUGUCUGAUGGCCGAACAGUGCAUGAUAUCCAGGAUCGACAUGGGAUGACGCCCUUGAUGCAUGCAAUCUCGAACGGAUACUCGGACAUCACGCAGCUAAUUAUCGCUA